AUGUCAAUUGAGUUGGAGCAUGCGAUCGGAUGCAACGUGGAGUUCAAGAACGUCUGUCAUCUCCACCCUAAUGGUAAGGAUUACGUGAAGCCCCUGGGUGGAGUAGUCGUUGUUGGCGACUUGAACGACCCACACGAGCAAGCAUUUCUACAGGGCCAUGACGACUUCAUCACCUGCAUGGCUAUAUCUCACGAUGGGCGCCUCUGCGCGACAGGUCAACAGGGCCAGAACGCAGACGUCAUCCUGUGGGAUCUUAAGAUCAAGCAACAGAUGUCGUGUUUCCAGGAGCAAGACCACGGCAUCGACGCACUGUGCUUCUCUCACGAUGACAGGCUGCUUUUCAGUUGUGGCGACAUUGUCGACCAGCGCGUCCUCGUAUACGACACCUCCAGCGGCCUGAUCAUCGCACACAGCCAGCUCUGCCCCAAGCCCACGCUGAGCAUGGUUAGCGGUGGCUUUGUCAGGGACAUCAAGAGGCGAGAGACUCACGAGUACUUGGCAGCGGCCUGUGGGGGGAAAAGCAUCGCGAUGUGGCACCUCGACACCGCGAAGGGCGAGCUGGUGCCCCACCUUGUGAGCGGUGCGGGCAAGGCGACACGCGAUUUCACGUGCAUGACGUUCCUGACGGAUCAGGAGUAUCUGGCCGCUGGGACCACCACAGGUGAUGUGGCCAUCGUUCUGAUGAAGAAUCGGACGCUCCAGGGCUUCGUGCCCGUCUGCGCCGGCGGCGUGCUCAGCGUGGUCUGCGUUCCCGGCCACCAGGCUCGCCUGGUGGUGGGUGGAGGCGAUGGGACGGCCACCAUCACUUCGGGGCCCACGCCGAUGGACAUGAGAGAGGAGAGGCAGAUCCGCCUGGAUGGCCCUCUCUCUUCGAUGUCCCUCAGCCCCGACUGCGGCGAGGUCAUGGCAGUGUCCUCCAGCGGCAGUGCCUUCCGGAUCCGUUGCAAGGACCUGUCGGUUAAGCUGCACAAUCAGUUUUCUUGUGGGGCCAUGUAUGAUGUCGCCUACCCGAUGGGCAUCUCGGACAACUUCCUGACGUGUGGUGCGGACGGCCUGGUGACGCUCUGGGACGCCAACGAUUACAGCGCCAAGCUGCGAUGCCCGACAAAGACGCGCGCUUACCCGACGGCGGUCGCAGGCUCUGAGGACAUCUUCAUCGCUGGAUGCAGCGAUGGGAGGCUGAUGGCUUUCGAUUACCAGCAGGGCCAGAACCUGUGGCACGUCGACAAUGCCCACAAGGGCGGCGUGACCUCGGUGAAGAUCGCUUCCAACGUCCGCUUCGUUGUCUCUGGUGGUGCGGAGGGAGAGCUGCGCGUGUGGGAGAUGAAGAGUAAGGAAAUGGUCACGCAUCUGAAGGAGCAUGUUGGGCGAGUGAACGACUUGAAGCUCUUCCCUAACGACCAGUACGCAAUUUCGGUGAGCCGCGAUCGUUGCCUCUUGACAUGGGACUUGCGCACUGAGAAGAGGCUGACUGCUCACCGAGAAAGGCAUGGUGGCAUCAACUGCUUAGCUGUCGCGUCCGAUCAGACCACCGUGAUCACGGCAGGACAGGAGAAGACGUUGACUUAUUGGGACUUGAGGACAGCCGAUCCCGUGCGCACGAUCGAGCUGGAUGAAGAAGUAUAUAGUGUCAGUCUUUCGCCUGACGACGGGCUUCUUGCAACAGCUGGUACUGGCAUGGUCGUCAAAGUCUGGGAUGUCAAGGCAGGCGCAGAGAGGUCAAGAGGCACUGGUCAUUCCCGAGCUGUCCAGAAGCUAUCCUUCAGUCCAGAUGGGAAGCAGCUUGUCUCGGUCGGCUUUGACCACUCCAUUUUCGUGUGGAACUGCUACGCCUAG